AAGGAAAACUUUUAAGCGUGUAUUUGACAUUUGACAGCAGCUGUCAUUAUUACCAUUCCUAAAAAACACUGAGAUACACUUACGUGUUCGUAUCAGUGUGGGAAAAUCCGCGUUCUCUAACGUGCUUAAUUUCCUGGAUAGUGACGUUAUUAAUUUUUUUCGCUUUUAAUUUACAUUCGUUUCGAUCCAAUCGUUAAAUAAAGUGCUUCCAAAGUGAUCGUUCAUCGAAAAAAAAAAUUUUUUUUAACAUUCUUAUUUUAUGAUUAUUUUUAAUCGCGUUCUCAGUCAUCUAGUUUUUAUUUUAUUUAAGUGAAGAGAUGGCAAACAGUAAAUGCCAGGAGUGCGGGUGUCAAUGUUCAAGAUGCGUAUCGAAUGAUCAUGAUGUUCAUUUACACGUUGAAAUUGAAAAUCUCAAGCAAAGACUACUUGAGAGGGAUAAUCAUAUUUUGAGCAUGGAAACAAAUUUUUUGAAUGAAGCCAAUAAGUUUCCUAAUGGGGAAAUGGUUGCGAUGAGAGAAGAAUUAUUAACAUGGCAGGAUAAAUAUAAACGAUUAUACGAGGCGCAUCGGAGAGUUCAAAGAGUAAACCAAGGACUAGAAGAUAAACUUCUAAAAUUAGUUGAUACAUCAGAAACGGACAAAAGCACCUUAACAAAAGACGUGGCGACGUUGUCGCAUAAAUUAGCCGAAGCUAAUUAUACAAUAAAAAAACUAACGGAAGAUAACGAAAGGUAUAAAAAUGACGUGGCCUUGGCAAUCCAGUUCCUACAAUGUAAACCAGGAAACUUUGUAUCUCAAAAGGUUGAUACGUUACCAAAUGAAGUUCAAGCGAAAGUAUCAUCAUACCUUCAAGGAAAACGAAAACCGGAGGAAAAGAAAACACCGCCUGAAAUAAAGAGUAUAAAAGUCCCAAUACCAACAUUUCCUCCCACAGCCAUGGUUUAUUCGAUUCCAAAGUCUCCUAACCCCUCAAAGAAAUUACUAGAAAAAGAGGUAGAAAAUCCGCCUGUGGAUAUAGUUUCAGCGGCGAUAAUGGCGAAAGUUCUUCAGGAACGCGAAAGGGAACGGGCUAAUGUAAAACACUGCGAUACAUGUACCUGUUCAAAAAGUUAUAAAAUAGUGCAUCACGUAACGCAUCACACGGUAAGCACACAAACCGGGGAUUACAAAGAAUCGACGUGUUUGCAAUGUAACGUUUCUUUAAACGCAAACCAAACGGCUCUAAAAGUGGUUAAAAAUGUUGAAUCUAUAAAAAAUAAAAAUGUACCAAUUUACGUGCACGAUAAUACGAACCAAAAUAUAGCAAAAGUACAACCGAAUAAUUUUUUAGCUGAUAGUAAAUGUGCAAAUGAUGUAUUAAAGAUAACUAAAGAUGUAGAAGAAGUAGUUAAUGUAAAUAACGGUUUAUUUAAUAAAAUAACGAACGAUAAUGAUUUAAUAGAUUUUAAUAGUACACCAAAAAAUGAAACUAUUGUACAUUAUAAUCUUAACGAAACCAAUAAAAUGAGUAGAAGUAAAGAAAAAGACGUUAGGAGGACAAUACAUCACCAAUUGUGUGAUAUGGCGUCUCAAGCUUACGAAAUGGAAUCAAAUAAAGCGAGCGUUUCCGAUCAGUAUAGUUUUCCGAAUUCAGAAAAUUUAAAAGGACCAAGAUAUUGCUCGAUGAGACUUCAAACGGGAUCUAAGAAUAUUUUAUUGGAUAAUACUCAUAAUAAUAUCGCUCCGGUUUUAUACACGAGACAUCAUGAGAAGAAAAUAAAAAGUGAAAAAAUUGAACAAAACUCUAUAUCCAGCGGUGAGAAUUUAAAUUCGACCGUCAGCGAUACGUCUUUUCAAAAUCGCAGGGUUGCAGAGUGGAUUGAAAAUAACAAUACCGACUAUUCUGAUAUAUCUAGGUCAGACUCGUUAAAAACAACGGAUAAUAACGAUAUCAAUAAGGAAAAAUAUGUCGAAAUGGAAAAUAAUGUUAAAAGGUUUUUAUUUGGCGAGAGCGAAUUUCUAAAAACCGUAGAAUUGGGAAAACAAAAAUACUUAAGCUAUCAAGACCAUGAAAAAAGUAGUAGUAAUUCACACACUGAAACUGAUAUUUGAACCGUAAAGUCUUGGCUUUGUGAUAUAUUUAUUUUUUUUUUAGUUUAAUUACUUUAAGUUUUACAUCUUUAGAUCCGUAGCAGUAGUUUCUCAAGAAUCUUCCAUUUCCGUCGACUGAGAAAAAAAUAGUUAAGAGAAAAGUUGUAUAUUAUUUUUCUAAGAAAACAUGUAGCGAGUAGUCGUUUAUUUUAUAUUUUCAUUUUUUGUGCUACUCUAAGUCAAAAAAACUUUCUUUCAACAAAAUUUUUAAAACU